AUGAAGUCUGUCAUCGCUUUUGCUCUGUUUGCGGCGACCUCCAUGGUCGCCGCUGAGAUGUCCAGCCAGGACUGCGCUCAAAUGUGUAUCAACAACAUGAACGACAAGGCUAAGGAGCUUGGAUGCAACUCCGGUGACAAGACCUGCCUCUGCAACAAACAGGACUAUAUGUAUGGUGUGCGCGACUGCACCUCUGAGGCCUGCCCCCAGUACAACGUCGCCUCGGUGCUCCAGAUGGCCCUGUCCUCAUGCCCUGCUGGCUCUGGUUUCGGCUACGGUACUGGCGCUACUGGCUCUUCCGCCUCAAGCUCGGCCACUUCCACUGGCUCCGGCAGCGAAUCUACUGGCACCGGUUCCUCCGCCUCAAGCUCGGCCACUUCCACUGGCUCCGGCAGCGGAUCUACUGGCACCGGUUCCUCCAGCACUCAGUCGGGUGACCAGACCUCCACUGGCAUGAGCACUGGUGUUAGUGUCUCAUCCACCGUCAUCGUGACCUCCCACAGCGUGACUGCUACCUUGAUCGAGACCACCACCGGCACUCUCGUCAAGACUCUGACCGACGCGUCUGGAAGCGUGACUGGUACCACUACUGAGACCUUCACCGGCACCGUCACCGGCACUGCCACCGGCGUCGCUACCAACACCUUGACCCAGUCCCAGACCUUGACGCCUUCCUCCGGUACUACCCUCACCACCCAGACCAUGACUUCCGUCACCACUGGCACCAUGGUCACCACCUCUGUCAGCACCAUCGGUGGCGGCUCCUCCAGCUCUGGCUCGGGGUCCAGCACCAGCUCGUCCGGCUCGGGCUCUGGCAACGGUGCGCAGGGCACUAGCUCUGGCUCUGGUUCCAACGCUGCUGCCACCAGCACCACCAGCUCUGGUGCUGCUUACCCUAUGGCCACCGUGGGCUCUGGUGCCAUGGGUGCUCUGGGUCUGGCUGCUAUGCUCAUCCUGUAG